CUGAGUUGAAGGAGGUUGCGCUGACGCCGGCAACGACCUGGUCACCAUCAGACAUGGUGGAUGUGUCCAACAAGAAGAGAAAGCUCCAAGGGAAUGGUGCGGUCAGGACACUGGAGAAGCAGGCCAGUUUCUCUCAGGUCCUGGAGCAACUCGAAGCUGAGGACGACAAUUCUGGAGAUCAUAUUGAAAGUUCGGAUGCAUGGCCAAGACCUUCUGUCGCUGUGAACGACCCAGCCCUGGACUCUAUCACAUUUCAGCAGAUUGAGAUAGAGGAGGCUGUCGACCCAAAGGGCGGUCCAGUUCUACGUCUCUUCGGGGUCAACGCGGCUGGCAACUCGGUUCUGGCCUAUGUUCACGGUUUCAAGCCAUAUUUCUAUGUGGCUGCGCCUCCAGGAUUCCUGAAUAAAGACUUGGAGCCGUUGAAGGAUUCAAUCAAUUCAGCUGUCCAAUCGGCUAUUCCACCAGUCAUCAAUUGCGCAGUCUUCAACCGGAAAUCCCUCUGGGGCUACAGAGGUGAUGACAAUGUACCCUUCAUCAAAAUCACUUGCGCGGAUGCGAAGGCAUUGCCCAGAGUCAAAGGGGCCUUUGAACGUGGUCAAAUAGAGUUCAAUGGCCUCUUCCCUGCUGAAAUCAUGACGUACGAAAGCAACAUCGCCUACACCUUGAGAUUUAUGAUCGAUACCCAUGUGGUUGGUAUGAAUUGGGUCGAGAUACCCGGAGGCAAGUAUGAGGUUCUGAAGGGCGACGACAAAAAGUCCCUGUGCCAGAUUGAGGUUUCCUGCAACUACAAAGAUCUUGUCUCUCACGCACCCGAGGGAGAAUGGCUCAAGAUUGCCCCGUUACGAAUCUUGAGUUUUGACAUCGAGUGCGCAGGACGAAAAGGGAUUUUCCCAGAGCCAAACAUUGAUCCCGUCAUCCAAAUCGCGGCAAUGGUGACCCGCCAAGGGGAGAGCAAGCCAUUUGUUCGUAAUGUGUUCACACUCAAUACCUGCGCCCACAUCGUUGGCUCUCAAGUUCUCGAGUUCCAGAAUGAGAAGAGUUUGUUGCUUGAAUGGCGGAAAUUUAUCGAAAAGGUGGAUCCGGAUAUGAUCAUCGGCUACAACAUCGCCAAUUUCGAUUUGCCAUAUCUGCUUGAUCGCGCCAAGGCUUUGAAGAUCCCGGACUUUGCCUUUUUAGGACGACUCAAGAACGUGCGCUCCGAGGUCAAAGACACUCAUUUUUCCUCCAAGGCAUACGGUCAAAGAGACUCCAAGGCUGUCAAUAUGGAUGGACGAUUACAAUUGGAUAUACUGCAGGUCAUGCAGCGAGACUACAAACUUCGAAGCUACACCCUCAAUGCGGUUUGCGCACAGUUUCUGGGGGAGCAGAAAGAGGACGUUCAUCACUCGAUCAUUACAGAGCUACAAAACGGCACUGCGGACUCACGGCGUCGUCUAGCUGUGUAUUGCUUGAAAGAUGCAUAUCUCCCCCAGCGGCUGAUGGACAAGCUCAUGUCCUUCGUGAACUACACUGAAAUGGCUAGAGUCACCGGUGUGCCAUUCAACUACCUCUUAUCUCGUGGUCAGCAAAUCAAGGUGGUCUCCCAAUUAUACAGAAGUGCUAAGGAACAUGGAUACCUGGUGCCGGCUCUGCGUAGCGAAGGCAGUGAUGAGCAGUAUGAGGGAGCGACUGUCAUUGAGCCUACCAAAGGCUUCUAUGAUGUUCCGAUCGCCACACUCGAUUUCGCAUCCCUUUACCCGUCAAUCAUGAUGGCGCACAAUCUGUGUUACACCACUCUUUUGGACAAAGCAACCAUAGAGCGGCUGAAUCUGGUUGAAGGAGAAGAUUUCGUCCACACGCCAAACAACGACUAUUUUGCCACCUCCAAGCGCCGCAAAGGGCUUCUACCUACAGUACUCGAGAAUCUGUUGGCAGCACGAAAGAGGGCAAGACAGGAUCUGAAGGUGGAGAAAGAUCCAUUCAAACGUGCUGUAUUAGAUGGCAGACAACUGGCGCUGAAGAUCAGCGCAAACUCUGUCUAUGGUUUUACGGGUGCCACUGUGGGCAAGCUGCCUUGUCUGGCGAUCUCGUCUAGUACCACUGCAUUUGGUCGUCAGAUGAUCGAGUUUACAAAACAAGAGGUUGAAGCGGAAUAUUGUGUCAAGAAUGGGUACGAUAACGACGCCAAGGUCAUAUAUGGUGAUACCGAUUCGGUUAUGAUACGUUUCGGCUGUCCGGAUCUUGACACUGCAAUGAGAAUGGGCGCUGAGGCUGCUGAGCUGGUCUCAUCCAAGUUCAUCAGGCCGAUCAAGCUCGAGUUUGAAAAAGUCUACUUCCCGUAUCUUCUGAUCAGCAAGAAGCGGUAUGCCGGGUUGUAUUGGACCAAACCCGAGAAAUACGACAAGAUGGAUACCAAAGGAAUCGAGACCGUUCGACGUGACAACUGCCGUCUUGUAUCCACUGUGAUUGAGACCUGCUUGUACAAGCUCUUGAUCGAUCGCGAUGUCCGCGGAGCAGAAGAUUAUGUCAAGCAUACCAUCGCGGAUCUACUGCAAAACAAAGUUGACAUGUCCCAACUCGUCAUCACCAAGGCAUUGGCCAAAGCUGAUUACGCCGCGAAACAGGCACAUGUGGAAUUGGCAGAACGCAUGAAGAAGCGCGACGCAGGUUCAGCUCCAGCGCUUGGUGAUCGAGUCGCGUACGUGAUCAUCAAGGGUAUCAAAGGCGCUGCAGCAUACGAAAAGUCAGAAGAUCCUCUCUAUGUGUUGGAACACAAUGUCCCGAUUGAUACGAGAUAUUACCUCGACAAUCAGUUAUCGAAGCCGCUAAUGCGGAUUUUUGAGCCUAUCAUGGGAGAACGAGCAGGAACAUUGCUCGCCGGCGAACAUACACGGACUAUACAAAUCGCCACGCCAACCAUCGGCGGUCUGAUGAAAUUUGCGGUGAAGACGGUCACAUGCCUGGGUUGCAAGACACCAUUGAGGGGCAAAAGUGGCGCAGUCUGCGAGAAUUGCAGGCCAAAGCUCCCUGAGCUGUAUCAGAAGCAGAUCGCACACACAUCCGCACUUCAGAUUGACUUCGCCAGACUAUGGACGCAGUGUCAGCGAUGUCAAGGCUCUUUGCACCAAGAUGUCAUAUGUACCUCAGCGGAUUGCCCCUGCUUUUACGCAAGGACGGCGCGACAGAAGGAGGUGGCCGCAGCUGUGAAUCAGCUGGACCGAUUCGAGAAAGAGGUCAACUGGUGAUCACAGAAUAGACUGCAGCGACCCUCAAAAAUAUCCCGAUACCAUUCCGGCACUGUAGUUAUGUUGUAUGAAAUCGUACUGUAAAAUUGACGAAAGGAUAGACGGCAUCUUUUCAAUGCAUAUCAGACA